ACCCAAUCACAGUCGACAAGUCAAUCAUGUGCUUCGAAAACGUACCUGGAGAAAAGGCGGGUCCUACGGAAACGGCAUCUAUAUGCGACGCGGCCAUGGCCUCAACACCUGACCCCAUACGUUCACUUUUGGACCGCUUACUGUCCGAAGGUGGCUGCAAUGUAGGUAGGAAUAACAACUUUCAACAUCAAUUGAACUUAUCUAAACUUCUGAAGACCUCAGGCAGGGGAUACUAA